AACAACUUCCUGCUAAUUUCGCACUCUCUCAUCGCCUGGCUUAUCAGAACCAACUCAGCCUCAUAUAACCCUGGGUCUAUAUUGCACACUGCUCCCGCUAGCCCUACCAUUAAGGGUUGUAUGGCCAGAACAGAUAACGGUAAAUGGUAGAUAACUUCCUCAAGGUCGUUACUUUCCUUCUGGCCGCUGAGGACGCCUCUUUCUCGUCGCUCCGAGGUCCAGGUGAGGACUUGCAGCCAUGGAUCAUAAGCCAUGGUAAUGUAUUUUUCAAGGCGUUGCAAACAAUCAGCCCUGCGACGAUAGCAUCACUCGAACCCUAUCUCGUUGGUAAACAUAGAGCUGCGAGCAUCUACGGAUUGCAAAGGAUGGACAACCUCGGCCUCAAGGCUGACGACACAUUUGUUCUCUGCGAUGCCGGAGGAGAGUCUGACCGUCGACCUCGCGUCCUACAAACGAUAGCGUCUCUGAAGCCGCAUGUGAGUCUUGUGGGCGCCGGGGGCAGUGGCUCGGGUGGCCUCUGCGGCAGCAGUUAUCUCAACAGGAUCCUCGAUCAUCACCUCCGGCAGACGAUGCGCGACUGCCCCCCUUGGAGGGACAGAUGGCAGAAAUGGGCCAUCGACAGGUUCGAAAAGUACAAGGAGUCGUUCACCGGCAACAGCAAGAAGCCCCUCAGGAUGAUGGUCGAAGGGGCUCCACAGCCCUCGCCACAGAAUCAUCGACGGCGUCCUCGAAAUCCCAGCCGCCGUUCUGCGAGACGAUAUAUCAGGCCUGUCAUCACCAAUAUCAAGACUCUCGUCCGCAAACAGAUUGACGAAACGGCUCGGAAAGGGACUCUGGUGAAGCAAGUCCUUCUGGCUGGUGGCUUUGGCAAGAAUCCGUACCUCCUGAAACAGCUCAGAGAGAUGGUCUCUGCGGAAGGGAUCCAAGUCCCCGUCAUUUCCAAUAGCAACACUGCCAUUGUUCGCGGUGCUUUGAUUGCCCGCCUGGCAGGGCAACUUGGUCCCCGGGAGGGCUUCAACGUAAGCGUCGCUUCAAGGCCGGCGAGUCAACACUAUGGCACUCAGUGCUAUGUGACGUUUGAUGCCGCGAAGCAUGGGGACGGAGCAGAGCUGAAAGAACGAAACCCGUCCGGCGAGGGCUACCGAAUUUAUGUCAACCAAUGGUGGGUCAAUAAGUCAGAAAUGAUCGCGGACGGGGCGUGCAAGGAAUUCCCUUUCACAUAUUCCGAGGAGACCAUCAGGGGGCCUAAUUGCGCCCUCCCCUGCAAGAUCUUUACCUGCGAAGCAGUCGACCCGCCCAAGACUGAGAUGAGGAAUGGCGUGUCGUGGACUGUGGUUCCCUUCAAGGUGGAGAUGCAGGUUCUCUCCGCCAGCCUGAAGUUCACCAUUGUACUGGGCGACCGACAGCCACAGAAGCUGCAGCCUGAGACGGUACGGUUCGAAUCAUCAAACGACAUCCCAUAG